AGCCUCCGCAGCACCUCCAAGCUCUUCAUGGGCUUCAAGAACCUGGGGCUGCGCCGGCCCAAGAAGGGGCAGUUCAAGAACACGUCCCGCUUCUUAUGGGGGCUGCAUAAGCACAGCACCAAGAAGAGGAAGAAAAAGAAGAACAAGGCAGUGCUCAAGUCCACCUCCAACCUGAUGAUGCGCUUCAAGCAAGUGGGCAAGAAGAGGAAGGAGGAGGAGGCGGCCAAGGAGGAGGCCAAGAAGGAGUCACCAUCGAGGCCAUCCUUCGUGCUGAUGCGGCGGGGCGAGCAGGAGCCCGAGCACAACUCGCUGCUCUUCCGCCGGCGCCCGGAAAGGAAAUUCAAGCCCCGGGCUCAGGUGCUGAGCAAGGCGGCCGCUGCCACGGGCUGGCUGGCCAGGAAGGUGCUGUCGCGGCGGGGGCGGCUGGUGGGGGGCGGCCGGGCCACGGACACGGCCUGGCUGUCCCGUAUCGGUGCCAAGAAGCUGCCGUUCCCCGCGGAAGAUGAGAUCCUCAGGCACCGCGCCAACAUGAAGCGGAUCCCUGGCGGCGUCGGGCAGCCCGGCACUCCGCGGCAGGGCAGCAUGGCGAGGCGGCCGAGCCGGCGGCGCUCCCAGCGCUCCGAGCCGCCCGCGCCGCGCUACGGCUGGGCCGAGGAGGAGAGCGGGGCCUUCGGCCGCCGGCGAGGCUACGGCAAGGAGGAUGGAGCCUAUGGCAAGCAGGAUGGAGGCUAUGGCUCCCGCCGGAGUUACGCCAGGAAGGAAGAUGGAGCCUACGGCCCUCACCACGGGUACCCCGAGGAGGAUGGAGCCUACAACCGGUGGGACGGCUACAACAGGGACGAGGAUGGAGCCUACAGCCCGCGGCACAACUACUCCGAGGAGGAGGAUGGCUACAUGCAGAACCCAGCUUACCCAGCAGGGUACGGCUUCGAGGACAUGGGGCCGACCUACCCUGACUACCCUGGCUACGACACAGAGGAGGAGUACGACUACUACGGGGGGUUUUGGGAGGAUGGAGACCAGCCAGGGCACCCCUAUGGCGACUCAGAGCUCGAGGAUGAGGGAACGUUCGGUGCUGGGUCUCCCCACGGCCUCUAUGACCCGUACAGCAGCGACCCGGAGUACGGUGAGGAGGCAGCGGGGCCCUUCGGCUACAGGGGGGACCCCUACGAGGACUUUGGGGAGCCCUUUGCCGGGGGGUACGCUGGGGGCGACUACCCCGAGCAUCGCAUCCAGUACAGCGAGGGGGGGUGGGCGCCGCACGCCCAAUCCUCCUGCAACCCCUACGCGCUGGGCCUGGAGGAGAUCGCGGAGGGCGAGGAGCCCGACGAGUGGGAAGAAGAGGAGGAAGAGGAGAAGGAGUAUCCCUUUUCCUUCCUGAGCGCCUCCUCGCUGCGGGGCAUGCGGCAGACGCUCUCCUCCAAGCUCUCCCUCAACAGGAAAUUCAGGCUCUUCCCCCGACCCCAGGUCAAGCUUUUCGGCAGGGACCGCCUGGACGUGCCCCUCCCUCCGUCCCCGCACCUUCCCGCCGCCCGUGACGAGGACGACUACGACGAGUACGAGCCGCCGCCGCCCCCGUCAUCCCCGGGCCCCGCGGCAUCCCCGGCCCGCCCGGUUUCGGCGGCGCGGGCGUGCGGGAGCCCCCUGGGGCAGUUCCUGCAGCGAUCGCUCUCGAUCCCCGCCAGCCGCUCGCCGCGAGGGGCCGGGGCGUUCCGGGGGUCCCGCACCCCCCAGCUCUCCCACAGGCGCUCCAGCUACAGGCUGCCGGGGAUGGAGAGCGCCGGUCUGGGGGACUCCUCCCCACCCUGGGGGCAGCCGGGGGCCGCGCGGUCCCCGUCGCUCCGGAACCCCUUCGCCAACCCCGGGCGCUCCCCAUCGCCGCCGCCCGUCCGCCCGCGCCCCGGCAGCACGCGGGGCGAGGGGCCGCGGCGCUCGCCCUCCCUCGGCUCCAGCAUCCGCCGCUUCGGCCCCGAGCCCCCCGCCCCGCCCGCCCCCCGCUCCCCGGGCCCGGCGGGGAGGCGCCCGGGCGGGCCCGGGGUCCCGGGGCGGUCUCUGUCAUCGCGGCGGAGCAGCCCCCCCGGGCUGCCGCUCCCGCAGGCCUGGCCCCGGCUCCCCGAGCCCCCCACCAAGGCGGUGAAGCCGCUGCAGAGGAGCCCCUUCCUGGGCCCAUCGUCCCGCCCCGGCAGCCGCCGCCUCGGCCCCUCGUGGGACGAGGAGCUGCCCCCCUGGCGGGGUCCCUCCGGGGUGCCCCCUCCGCCCAGCCCCGCUCCCAGCACCCCCAAAAGCUUCAUCCAGCGCAUCGGGCAGCCCCUGGCGGGGAUGGCCCCCCACUCCCCCCCAGCGAGGCCAUCUGCUGAAGCGGGGGGCCGCAGCCUCUCCAAGGGGCGCUCCGUGGCGCAGUCCCUGGCUUCGCUGCUCGUGAAGAGCAUAUCCCCCAACAAAACCCCCUCAUCCUCUCCACCCAGUCGCCUUCCCUCCACUCGCUCUCCCCCGUUGCCCCGGCGCCCAUCCCGGCGGGACGGCAGCACCCGCCGCUCUCCGAGCCCACCCCCGGGCCGCCGGGGCUGGGCGGACGUCGGGCGCCCCGGGCUCCCCUCCAGCCCCCGCGGCAACCGGAGCCCCUCCCCGCCCCGCCGCGCCGCUUUCCCGCCCCCGCACGGGCGAGCCCCCAGCUCUCCGGCCGUGUCCCGGUACGGCCCCCGGGGCCCGGAGCCCUUGGAGGACGGCGCGGCCGCGGAGGAGGGCGCGGGGCGCUACGCGGUGGUGACGCCGCAGGUGCAGAGGUUGGGCUCCGUGCGGCGCGCGUCCCGCAUGUACAAGCAGCACUGGUCCACGCAGCACGUCGUGCGGGUGCGGGAGAUGCCCGACCCCUGGACGGCCGAGCAGGGCCUGGCCCGGCAGCCCACGCAGCGCGGCCGGCGCUGGGCAGGCCAGUGGGGAGCCGACAUCGCCCGGUACCUGUGCCAGCGCCCGCCGGCGGGCGGCUGGAGGGAGCGGCACCCCUGGGCUGAGGGGUACCUGGGCAGCAAGCAGCCCUGGCGCAGCAAGAUGCAGUCCCUGUGCAGCCUGCCCAUCGUGCGGUACCAGGAGCCAAAGGAGGAGGACGGGCUGGAGGACAUGACCCAGCUGGAGGACCUGCAGGAGGCUGCAGUGCUGAGCAACAUCCGGACACGGUUCGAGCGCCAGCUCAUCUACACCUACAUUGGCAGCAUCCUGGUGUCGGUGAACCCCUACCGGCUCUACAACAUCUACGGCAAGGAGCAGGUGCAGCAGUACGAAGGCAGAGCCCUGGGGGAAAACCCACCGCACCUCUUUGCCAUCGCGAACGUCGCCUACUCCAAAGUGAUGGAUGCCAAACACAACCAGUGUAUCGUCGUCAGUGGGGAGAGCGGCUCAGGGAAGACCGAAGCCACCAAGCUGAUCCUGAGCUACCUGGCAGCUGUCAGCCAGAAACGCAGUGCUGCCCCACAGAUAGAGAUCCUGGAGGCGACCCCUCUGCUGGAAUCCUUCGGCAACGCCAAAACCGUGAGGAAUGACAAUUCCAGCAGGUUUGGGAAAUUUGUGGAAAUCUUCCUGGAGGAUGGUUUGAUCUGCGGUGCCAUAACCUCGCAGUACCUGCUGGAGAAGUCCCGCGUGGUGUUCCAGGCCCAGAGCGAGCGCAACUACCACAUCUUCUACGAGAUGCUGGCAGGGCUGCCGUCCCAGCAGCGGCAGCGCUACUUCCUGCAGGGCGCCGAGACCUACUACUACCUGAACCAGGGUGGGAACUGUGAGAUUCCUGGCAAGGACGACGCUGAGGAUUUCCGCCGGCUGCUCAACACCAUGGAGGUGCUGAACUUCAGCGUGGAUGAGCAGAACAGCAUCUUCCGCAUCCUCUCCUCCGUCCUGCACCUGGGCAACGUCUACUUUGAGAAAUACGAGACUGACUGCCAGGAGGUCGCCAUGGUGGUGAGCGCCACCGAGAUCCGCACGGUGGCUGAGCUGCUGCAGGUGUCCCCCGAGGGGCUGCAGAAAGCCAUCACCUUCAAGGUGACGGAAACGCAGCGGGAGAAGAUCUUUACCCCUCUGACUGUGGAAAGCGCCGUGGAUGCCAGGGAUGCCAUUGCCAAGACCCUCUACUCCCUGCUCUUCAGCUGGCUCACGGACCGCAUCAACAAGCUGGUGUACCCACGGCAGGAGGCCCUCUCCAUCGCCAUCCUGGACAUCUACGGCUUCGAGGACCUCACCUUCAACAGCUUCGAGCAGCUGUGCAUCAACUACGCCAACGAGUACCUGCAGUUCUUCUUCAACAGGAUUGUGUUCCAGGAGGAGCAGGAGGAGUAUAUCCGGGAGCAGAUCGAGUGGAAGGAGAUCCCCUUCAGCGACAACCAGCCCUGCAUUGACCUCAUCUCCCAAAAACCCUACGGCAUCCUGCGGAUCCUGGAUGACCAGAGCUGCUUCCCCCAGGCCACUGACCACACGUUCCUCCAGAAGUGUCACUAUCACCACGGGACAAACCCGCUCUACACAAAGCCCAAGAUGCCACUGCCCGAGUUCACCAUCAAGCACUACGCAGGGAAGGUGACCUACCAGGUUCACAAGUUUUUGGAUAAAAACUAUGACCAGGUUCGUCAGGAUGUGCUGGACCUGUUCCUCAGCAGCAGGACCAAGGUGGUGGCCAACCUGUUCUUCGGGCACGCCCAGGUGCUGGCGCGGCAGAGGAGCCUCAUGAGGAGGAGCAGCACCAGGACACGGCGCUACAAGGCUCCCACCGUGGCCGCGCGGUUCCAGCAGUCGCUCCUGGAGCUGGUGGAGAGGAUGGAGCGGUGCAACCCGUUCUUUGUGCGCUGCAUCAAACCCAACAACAAGAAGGAGCCGGGGCUCUUCGAGCCUGACGUGGUCAGGACCCAGCUGCGGUACUCGGGGAUCCUGGAGACCAUCCGCAUCCGCAAGGAGGGCUACCCCGUCCGCAUCCCCUUCAUCGUCUUCAUCGACAGGUACCGCUGCCUCGUUGAUAUGUGGUCCAAUGUCAUUCCCAACGGGCCCAACUGCGUGGAGAUGCUGAGGAGCCUGUGCCCCGUUAACCCCAGCAUGUACUACGUCGGUGUCACCAAGCUCUUCCUGAAGGAGCAGCUGUACCAGGCUCUGGAGAGCAAGCGGUGCCGUGCCCAUCACCUGGCCGCGCUCACGCUCCAGCGCUACGCCCGCACCUUCUUCAUCAAGCGGCGCUUCCGCUCCCUGCGCCGCAAGAUCGUGCUCCUGCAGAGCCGCGCGCGGGGAUACCUGGCCAGGCAGCGGUACCGGCGCAUGCGGCACACGCUCAUCAAGUUCAGGUCGCUGGUGCACAUCUACGUGAACCGCCGGAGGUACCUCAAGAGGAAGGAGGAUGCUCGCAGGCGGGCCGAGGAGGAGAGGCAGAGGAGGAAGCAGGAGCUGACGCGGAGGGAGGUGGUGGAUGUCACGCACCUGGAGAUCCCGGCCGAGCUGAUGGGGCUGCUGGAGGCCGCUGCAGCCGCCCGGGAGGUGAACGCCGGCUGCGUGGUGCUGGUGCCGCCGCCGGCGCUGCAGCCCGACCCCCAGCUCACCCUCCCGCUCGACAUCAACGAUUACCCCAUGGCCAAGUACGUGCGGGGCCACUUCCAGGAACCUGCCUUUGGGAUGCUGACGGCCCCACUGAAAGCCCCCCUCACCCGGCUGGAUGAGGAGCUGUGCCACGAGGCUCUCAGCCUCUUCCAGCUGAUCCUGCGGUUCAUGGGGGACCCGGGGCUGGGCGGCUCUCAGGAGACCCUUUUUGGCAACUACAUCGUGCAGAAGGGGCUGUCGGUGCCAGGGCUGCGGGACGAGCUCCUGGCACAAGCUGCCAACCAGGUGUGGAGGAACACCAACGUCAACAACGAGGAGAGGGGCUGGCUGCUGCUGGCCACCUGCCUGAGCGCCUUCCCCCCGUCCGCCGCCUUCGACAAGUACCUGCUCAAGUUCGUGUCUGACUACGCCUUCGCCGGCUACAAGCCGGUGUGCCAGCGCAAGCUGAUGCAGGCCAUGGCGCGCUCGCAGCUGGGCGCCGCCGCCGCCCGCACCUUCCCCCCGUCGCUGCUGGAGUGGACGGCGAACCGGCGCCAGGCCAGCAUGGCCCUGGACCUGCACUGCUUCAACGGUGAUCAAUUCUCCUGUCCCAUCCACUCCUGGAGCACAGGAGAGGACCUGGCAGGGGAUGUCCUGAAGCUCAGAGGGCUGGCAGAGGGCUGGCGUGGCUGGUCCGUGGCUAUGAAGGCGGGUGCCCAGUGGGCUGAGCUGGCUGGACACGAUUAUGUCCUGGACCUUGUCUCCGACCUGGAGCUGCUGCGGGGCUUCCCCAGACAGAAAUCCUGUUUCCUCAUCGCGUGGGACGGCAGCGACAGCCACAGCAGGGACAGCCGGCCCGUGCUGGGACACGGAUUUGAUUUGGAUGAAGUGCCUCCUCCCCCAGCUGUGAAAGCCCCCACACUGCCCUCCAUGGAGGCGUAUCACCCCCAUGAUGGGGAAUUUGGGGAGCCACGCAGCCAGAAGGGUCUGGACCGGUACCUGGACAGUCUCUUUGACCCCGUGCUCUCCUACGGCAAUGGGGAGCUGGAGAAGCCGUCCAUCCUCUCGCAGAGGCUGAAGGGAGGAGGUGGCGUGGGAGGGGGGCACAGUGGCACUGAUGGCACCCGGAGUGAGCCUCCCGUGCCUGCGGAGACGCGUCAGCCGAGGGGCACGGAGCCAGAGCCGUCCCCACAGCGCCGGGCAGACGCCAACCAGCCACCUGCAGCCUCGGGCAGAGCGACAGAGGGGACGCCAGCCCAUGUCCCCCAGCCCCGGCCCUACUCCCAGAAAGCCGCCGCCGUGGGCCGGCGGUGGCCGGGAGAGCCCGUGCGCCACUCCCGCCUCAACUCGGAGCACUUCCCGCGGCCCACGCACGACAUCCGCAACAUCAUCCGGCAGUGCCAGCCCGCCCCGCGCGGCUCCCAGCCCCACAGCAAGCUCUUUGGGAAGAAGCUGGACCCCCACGAGGAAGCCAUGCAGAUCCUGAAGGAGCAGCUCUCAGCAGCCCGGGUGCCAUCACCGCCAGGGCCCAAGGAGGUGGUGGCUGCAGUGAAGCCGGUGCCAAGUGCCAGGUACCAGCUGCGAGCACCCGCAGGACGUCCUGCAGCCCCACAGCCCCCAGUCUUUGUGUCCCGGGAACUCCCAUCCGAGGCACAGCAGGUCCAGACCCAGCUGCACCGCAGCUGCAGCGAGGACUUCUACACCUACCACAACGUGCCCUGGAAAAUAUUCAUCAGGAAGGAGGUUUUCUACCCCAAGGACAACAUUAACCACCCACUGCUGCUGGACCUCAUCUUCCGGCAGAUCUUCAAUGAUGUGCUGUCUGACAGCUGCAUCCGGAUCAGCCACGAGGAGCGGCUCCGCCUGAAAUCCCUCUUUGCGGAGAACAAGCUGGACUCCUUCAGCCCCGUGGCCACCGAGAGCGUCAAGAGGGAGAUCAUUGCUGCGGCCCGGGAUGGCUGCGAGGUGUACUUCUCCCGCCUCUUCCCUGCCACGGGCAGCGUGGGGACGGGUGUGCAGAUCCUGGCCGUGUCCCACGCUGGCAUCAAGCUGCUGCGGGUGGUGAAGGGCACCAACGUGCCCGGGGAGCAGCUGCGGGUGCUGAGGGCCUACAGCUACCCCGACGUGCUCUUCGUGACCACCCCAUCCAGGAACAUGCUGGAGUUCAACCUGCGCGGAGACAAGCUCAUCCUCUUCUCCCCCAAAGCCCCCCAGGUCAAGGUCAUGGUGGACCACUUCAUCACAGAGCUCAGGAAGGACUCCCAGUAUGUGGUGGCCGUGAGGAACUACAGCCCAGAGGACAGGCGCCAGCUCAGCUUCCACAAAGGGGACAUCAUCCACCUGCAGUCACUGGAGCACCCUGAGAGAGAUCAAUACUAUGGCUGCGUGGUCCGCAAGAAGGUGAUGUACCUGGAGGAGCUGAAGACUGGCACCCAGGAUUUUGGGUGGAAGUUUGGGGCCAUCCACGGCAGGUCAGGGCUCUUCCCUGCCGAGUACGUGCAGCCCGUGGCAGCGCCCGACUUCGUGCACCUGCCUGCGGAGAGGAAGGAGGAGCCCAGGGACAAGCAGGGCAAGGUGGCAGCGUCAGCGGCCGUGGCCGUGGCCGUGGCCUCCACUGCUGCUGCCCAGGAGCUGGACCGCAAAUCCGAGGUGUCCCCAUCCAGUGCCACCUUUGUGGAGGGCCCGGAGGGAGAUGGUGACGAGCAGCUCAGGGAUGUCACCAGUGCCUGUCCCAUGCUGGCCUUUGCCCAGCGGCAUUUCCGUGCAGCACGGCGUGGGACCAUGGACUCCCGUGGGAUGAAGUUGCCAAGUGUGCUGGAGAUGCUGACGUUCACCAAGGUAUGGGGAGGUGGAGUUCUGGGGUGGCCUUGUCCUGCUGUCACCCUUGAGGUCCCAGCAGGGUCCAGAGCUGGUCCUGUCCCCCUGCUCCAGAUCCCCAUUCAGGAGUCACUCAUUGAAUUUGUGGAUGGUGGCCUCAACAAACUGGCUGCUGAGGCUUUCCAAGCUGUGAUGAAGUUCAUGGGCGACCAUCCCCUGCGGGGGCAGACAGAGCUGGACAUCGUCUGCACCAUGCUCAAGCUGUGUGCAGCGCACGAGGUCCUGCGGGAUGAGGUGUACUGCCAGAUCAUCAAGCAGAUCACCAACAACACCAGCUCCAAGCCGGACAGCUGCCAGAGGGGCUGGAGGCUGCUCUACAUCCUCGCUGCCUACCACAAGUGCUCUGAGGUGCUCCGGCCCUUCCUCCUGGCCUUCCUGCAGGAUGCCAGCAGGCACCCGGAGCUGCCUUUCCACGGCAUCGCCAAAGCCUGCGAGCAGAACCUGAGGAAAACCCUGCAGUUCGGUGGCCGCAGCCUCUUCCCCAGCAGCAUGGAGCUCAAGGCCAUGGUGGCUGGACGCAGCGCCAAGCGCCAGCUCUUUCUCCUGCCCGGUGGCAUCGAGAGGCACCUCAAGAUCAAGACGUGCUCGGUGGCUCUGGAUGUGAUUGAGGAGCUGUGCUGUGAGAUGGGGCUGCAGAACCCAGAGGCUCUGGAGGAAUACAUCCUCUUUGUGGUGACCGACAGAGGGCAGAGCGUGCGGCCCCUGACCCGCCGGGAAUACAUCCUGGACGUGGCUGCAGAGACCGAGCUCCGGGACAGCAGCUACAGCUUCUGGUGCCGCCGCGUGGUCUGGGGCCAGCCCCUCAAGUUCGACAACGAGCUCUACGUCACCGUCCACUACAACCAGGUGCUGCCUGACUACCUCAAGGGGCUGUUCACCGUCCUGCCGCCGGCGAGGCCGGGAGAGCAGCACUUCCCGCACGUGGCCAAGCUGGCCGCCCUCCAGCACCGAGCCAAGGACCGCCACCUCCUCCCCACGGCGAGGGAGAUGCAGGACUACGUCCCCCCGCAGCUCUUCCGCCUGCUGAAGCCGCAGUCCUGGCUGCAGAUGGUGACCCAGCACGUGCAGCAAGCCCAGGCACUCAGCGCCCACCAGGCCAGGGCACAGUUCCUGGGGCUGCUGAGCGCCUACCCCAUGUUUGGCUCGUCCUUCUUCUACAUCCAGAGCUGCAGCAACAACGCCAUCGUUUCGCCCUGUAUCCUGGCCGUCAACCAGAACGGCCUCAACUUCCUCAGCAAGGAGACCCACGAACUCAUGGCCAAGUUCUCGCUGAAUGAGAUCCAGUCCACACGGACACAGCGCCCGACGGCCGGAUCCAGCUCUCCUUACGUGGAGAUCACUCUGGGAGACCUCCUGGCCCAGGGCAUCACCCAGCUGCAGCUGGAGCAGGGCCUGGAGCUGUGCCGCGUGGUGGCCGCGCACAUGGAGCGGCUGCUGGGUGCCCGGGAGAAGAGGCAGACGCUGCCGCCCAGCGAGAUCACCCUGCUCUGA